GGUCACCAAACCAUCGUGCUACACUUUACCAGAUGGUAUAAAAAGUUACUUCUGUAGUCACUGUUGUUCUCUUAAGAACAUCGGUCGGACAAAAAGACACAUUUUCAUACCAUUCAAAAUAAUUUAGCACAAACAAAAAAUGGUCGCUGCAGUACAUUUACAGAGAAUGAUUCUUGAUGCAUUAGUUUUGCUAGUGCUGACCGUGAAUCAUUCAGAAGAAGCGAUAAUGAAAUCCAUUAAUUUUCAAAAAGCUUUAACUGAAUAUCAUCACCAGAUCAGCAGAAGUUCAUCGCCUCUGCAAUCGAAGGCAGCUUCAGAGGUUCUCGGCAUUACCGAUCCUAAUCUAGCGGUAACAAGUGACCUAGCAGAAUUUUUGCUAUCGAUUGUAGCAAACGUGUUAACCAUCUGGGGGUUUGCGCAACAACAAGAUACAAAUAAGGAGACAGAAAGAAAUGAAAACAAAACCAAAACCGAAACCACUGAAUUGAUCGGAAAAUGGAAUUCUACUCUGGAAAGUUUUAGUGCUCGGAUGGAAGAUGUCAAGCAAUCUCUAAUGGAGUUGAAUUGCCGUCUAGACGGAAGUCAAGCAAUCAAAAACAAGAGUCCCAUCAGCCGAGCAUGCCAGCAGUUUAUUCAACCACCUAUUUCGGCUUCAACAAAGAUCAUUCCAUUGGCGAAACAAACCAGUAUUUUAAAAAAAAGCAACUUCAUGUCGACUCCCCAGUAUUGGCUAGGAUUAACAAAAUAAUUGCUUUUCAUUGCAGCAACAAAUCUGUUACUUACUGGCAUGAAUUAAAAUUUCCAUAUGUAAAAUGAAUUCCAUUAUCUGUACAUUCUAAGCCUAUAGUAAAAUACAAAAUUCGAUAUUUCAAA